CGUGACAAGCUCUUCGACGCCAUGCAGGCUGGAGACGACUACCCUGCUGAGCCGAAGGCGAUUAAGAGCGCGGACGAUCUCAGUGACAUGCAGCUGAAGAAGUGUUAUGACAUUCUACACGCUUGUGGUAGUGCGACGGAUCCUAAUGCGAGCCUGGACAAGACCAGACAGAGCAUUGACGGCUUCUUGGAUGCAGUGUUUAAUGAGUGGUCGAGUCGCAAGGUUGGGAAUUUGCCGCGCUCAGAGCUGGACUUUUUGGUGGAGGCAGAGGUCUUGACGGGAAAGUUGUGUGGUAAGUUGAAUCCUCAGGAGCACGCCAAAAUGAGUGACUGCGAUGCCGGAACCCUCUGCACUGCCCCUGUUUCCGCAGUUGCAACAUACUGCAACAACCCGCCCAUGUUCAAGCUAGAAUUCUCGGCUAUCGACGAGCUAUCUGGCCAACCCGAAGCGAUAUGCCCGAUGGCUCGCGGAGAUAUCAUGUGGGUGAAUACAGACUGGGUGCAGGAGCUGCGCAAAAGCCUCCAAACCAAGAUCAUCGCCAAGGUCCACAAGCACAACAAGCACCUCGCCAUAUGGCAGGCUCGCAAGCUCAUCGUGGAGUGGGCCAAGGGAAGCUUGUCGAUGGGGGAGGACGUAAGCAACAUGGGCUUUUUGAAGCGAGAG